UUAGACCCACCCGUUGUGUAAAUUAACAAAAAUGGCGGGUAUCAUAAUAACUUUACUGCAGGCGGGAGAGUGAAAGCAAGGAAAAUAUCAUUAUUGAUAGUCUGAUACGGAAACAAAUACACAGCGAAGUCAAUUUAAAUGUUAACUUGUUCUGUCAUAAUGAGAAAAAUACAAUCUGAAGGAAAUGGGAGAUCAAUUGCAGACUACUUGUCUCCAAAAGGCAGUACUGUCAAAGACGUCAUCCCUCUGGGGUUGCCUGGUCCCAAACCCUCCCAGGUCACCUCCUACCUCCAGGUGAACCCCAUGAAACCCUCUCAGCCCCGUGGAUGCCUGUCCAACCCGAACACGCACCCCCUGACAAAACGAGUGCUACCCUUGACCAGCCCAGGACUGAACCCAGUGAGGGCCAAGUCCUCUCCUGGACCUCACCCUCCCCAACCGCCAGGGGUGCACCACCGAGCUUCCGGGGGUGGAGGUGGGGAUGAAGCCAAGGAUGGCAAGGCCAACUUAACAAACCCCCUCACCAGGAAGAGUGGUGGUUCCGUGGACUACAGAGGAACCACUCAAACUAGCAAACUGUUCACUUCAGAAGGCACCAAAUCCCUGUCGCAGAAGAGAGGUAGAAACCCAGACUUGGAGGAGAGAACGAGAGGGGAGGAAAUGGCCAAUAAGAAACUGCGUCCGGAGGACUAUAGGCCAGACUCAAGCCCAGGCCCUAUCUGUACCAGUCACCCACCCUAUGGAACAGCCAGCCCAUCCUACCUGAAGAAAGUCUUCAUGAAAAACAGUCUGAACUCAGGUCCUAUUCUGAGUUUGAAGGAGCGUCUCACCCCUAAGAAGACGGAGGGAGGGAUGGCGAGAGGGAUGGAGAUUGUCCCUACUUCUCCACUCCCCACACCCAAGCCUGCGAGGCAGCUCUUUAACAACCGAGGACAACCACCAUGCAGGAACAGUGUGAGGGAGAAUAGCAAUCCUCAGUGUAGAUACAGUGGGAUGAAUCACCAAUCUGGCAACACUCAAUCUGUUUAUAGUGGUAGUAAUCUCCAAUCCGGUCACCCAGUGAACUUGCCUGUCAAAAGUGCUAGUAGAGGAGAAUGCAGCAGAGGGAAAGAGGGCAGAGCAAGAGCGCCAGAGAGUAGAGGAAGAGAACCGACAGGUCGCACCGACAGAAGAACCCCCAAACCUGUCUCAAGGUCUCACAGCUCAUACUCCAGCUGCUCUAGUUCUCUGCGCCAUCUCGGAUUGGCACAGAACCGAAACGUCACUCGCCCCCGGGGAAUGUCGGCCUUGUCGGAUGACCUGAAUGAUCUUUUCACUCCUGACCCCAUAACCUCUAGCCUGUCUAGAGCAGCGAUGACCUUUUCCCCCAGUCCCCAGAGAGGAGACGGGUCGCCCUCUGUGCACAAGGUUCUUGUGUCUGGUGUGUCGGCUACAGUCUGUGGUGCUUCUAAAAGACUGCGGCCCACCUCUGUAACAAGCCCCAGGGAAAUCCCACAAAUCUCCCCCUCGGAGCGAAUCUCUGGCCCCAAUAUCUUUCCCUGUAAGGUAGCGGCAGUGGACCCCUCUAAACUACUCCUGGGCCCUAACAUCUACUCUCCCUCUUUUUUAAGGCUGGAGUCGUGUGGGACUGACUUGACUAAAUUAGAGACCGCCUCGUACAGGACCAUCACCUGCACUUCCUCAGGGAAGCCCUCAUCCCCUAAGGAUGAGUCUGUUACGAUGGAGGAUGUCGCGUCCAAACUGAAAACGAGUCCUACUUUUCCCAUUGUGAGACUGUUUGCGGAUGAGUCUGUUAAGACAGAGGCAGGACCCAGAUCUCCUGGUAUUCCUUCAGCAGGCUUGGAGUCACCUAUGGAUGAGCAUGCCAACCUCAAGAAUGASUCUUCCGCCCUGAAAACUAUCCCCCUCUCAGCCUCUGCAAAGUCCUCAUCCUUGUGUAAGGACGAGUCGCUUAACAUGGGGACUGCAGACUUCAAAGCCAGCACCAGCUCUCCCUUCCUCCCUUCUCCCACCUCACGACUGGACCGAAAAGGAAAGGAGAGUGAAAAGAGGAAGGAAGGAGACCAGAAGAGUUUAUCAUUCCUUGAGGAAGRAGAAAAAAGAAGCAAGAUAGACAAUCCUCAGAAAAGUCUGAUAUUUCUGGAGGAGGACCCUCUGGAUGUGGAGCUGGGCCUAGGCCUCGACCUGGGGCUAGAGUUGGAGCCAUCUCAGGCCAGCAGCAGCAGCAGCAGUGAGGACGAGCUGCCAUCCCUGCAGCAGAUCCUGGACCGUACCGCCCGGCCCCCAGACACCCCAGAGAAAGGAACCUUCACUGCACCCAGCACCCCUGUUGGGCCCCGACACCACAGCCAGCUGCCUGUGAUGUCUAAAGCCAAACCCACAAGUUACAGGAACAACCUGGACGAGAUGCUGAAGGAAAAGGAGAGCAUUCAAAGGUCUAAGGAGAUGGAGACCAAGCUGCGUAUGUCCUGUGAGGAGAACCUGCUGAGACUGGCGGAGGAGGAGGAGGAGGAUGAGAGCACAGAGAACUUGGAGGCGGCCAUCUCCCACCAGCAGAGGGAGUUCCUGCAGCGUUUCUCGGUGGUGUCCAGUGCCAUCCGGGACCUGCACCCCGGCGAAGCGAUGUUCAGUCUGGACAACUUUGGCCGUCUUUUCAGCCAACACACACUGCAGCUGAGACACUGUAACGUCUCCCCUCGAGACACCGCACAGAAAACACUACUCUGGUCCACUCCAGACCAGUUCAGGUCCCAUGUCAGUUCCGAGCUGAUCCAGAGAGCCUACCGCUCCUCCCCCUGCCCUCCCCAGGUUGCCCGUUGGCUCUUCCAGAUGGUGUCAGUCCACUCAGACAAGCUGACCUGUCAUCAGAUACUAAAGGCCCUCAAAGAUAUUGCCUGCUCCGCUGCUGAACACAUGAUGCUGAAUAAGAAUGAGCGCUUUGAGGUGUGGGUGCCCAGUGUUGGAGACGUGACCCUGGUCUUCAUGAACAUGGGGGUUCCCUUUGUCACCCUGUUCCCCCUGGAGAACCUACAACCCUCCUUCACCGAGGGAGACCUGCUAGAGGGCUUCCAGAUCAGCACAGAGAGCCUGUCCAGUAAGAAGGAGCUCAGCACUUUCCCUGAACACAACUUUGAUAGCGUCAUCAAGUACCUGUCUCAGUGUACAUCGUUGUGCCCGCGGGCCUACAGUGACGGAGAACUGUUGUUACUACUGACGGUGGUGAGCAGAGUGGGCUUGGACACGCAGCUCACCCUCCAGCCCACUGAGCACCUCCGCUCCCUACUGCGCAACCUGAUCAGCAGCAUCAGGGACUGGGACAUCAUGCUGCCCAGGAUCUGCAUGUCGCUGAUUGACCUGAGUGAUGACCACCACAACCUGCGCUGGUUGGUCCAGCUACUGCCAGACAACAUUCGCGGCAAGCAACUCAGGAGACACCUCAGUGUGUCGGCCAUCUCCAAGCUGCUGAACAUCAGAUGCACUUACAGACCCUCCAACACAGAGUUCCAGCUGUCAGACCUGCGUCGGUACCUCCCCCGCAUGCGCCCAUCCUCACUCCUCCGGGGCCUGGCCACCUCCUUCAGGAGGAGUCAAAACCCACACAGAGAGAGGGAAGAGGAGGAAGAGGACUGUGCCUCUCUGGACCAGCAGGCUUACUACCUCUGCUACAGCCUCCUGGCCCUGGCUAACGAAGCCACCAACUUUGAGUUCUUCCCUCCGGAGCAGAAGAACCAGUUGUUGUUGCUAUGUGCUGAGCUGGAGAAACACAUCAAGUGUGACAUCAGGGAGAGUGAGAAGAUGCUUUACAGGAGCAAGGUGAAGGACCUUGUUGCCAGGAUCUCCAUCAAGUGGCAGGUGCUGGUCCAGAGAACCAGGCCUCUCCAGGGUAAACUGUAUGACUACUGGCAGCCUCUGCCUGAGGACGCAGUGAGUAGCAGCCAGGAGAGCAAACACUCCCACAGGGAGAGAGAAGAGGAGAGAGGGGAUGAGGAGACAGUCAUGGAGUUGGAGGGAGAAGUGGUGGAAGGAAAAGGAGAAGACGAGGAGAGGAUUGCAGAAGAUGCUUUGUCCAUGGAGGAUGAAAGACAACAGACACCAGAAAAAUACUUGGCCAUGGAGGAUGAAGAGGGGAAAGUGGUGGAAGGAGAAGAGGAGGAUAAGGAGGAGAGGAUUGCAGAAAAGGCUUUGGCCAUGGAGGAUGAACGAGGAGAGACGCCAGAAAAAUACUUUGCCAUGGAGAAGGAGAUUCUAGGAGGGGAGGAGAAGUUGCUGAAGAUGGAUGAGGAGGAAGAGGAGCGGAUGGAACUUACGUUAGAGGAGUCAGGUGAGGAACAAAAGAUGGAGGACAUGGAGGAAAAACGGACAGAAGUCAAGGCGGAGGAGAGGGUCACAGAAAAAAGGGAGGCAACAGCAGUGGAGGAGGGAAGGAAAGGACAGACUGAAGGAGAGACUGAGGAGAGAGGCAGUUUGGAGAAAGAUUCAGAGAUGGAGGAGAAAGGUGAUGAAUGAAAGGAGACUGAGAGAAACCAGAGAAGACUGCAACGGAAGACAACCCGGCUGCAUCCAUAUAGAAUUGUACCGGUCUAGGCCAACUGUCAUCUAGACUGUAGACUAAAGCUGAAUCCAAAAUGGCACCCUAUUCCCUUUUGACCAGAGAAUAGGGUGCCAUUAACCCAACUGUCUGCAUGUUUUUUCUCAGGUAAAUCACUCACUGUGUAGUGAGGAAACGUUACAUUAUUCGUUUUUUUUUUUCAUGCACUUUGUUGCACAAUGCAAAAGGCAAAUACUAUCUACAGAAACUGAGGCAGUUCUAUUAAUUCAUUUUACUAUUUGCACUUGUUUUCUAUUUUCGUUUGCACUCAAUUGAAGUUAUUUCUGUUUUUGGAACCGUUCGCUGACUGUGACCCCUCUGGUUAUUUUUGUCAGCCAACGUUAAACAGUUUGCAUAUAUGACAAUUGUUUUUGACGUUUUUGUUCAUUUUGGUGUUCAGCAGCAUUCGGCAGGUUUUUUUCCCGACUGUUCGACAAAAUUUUUCUUGUGGCAAGCUGAAGUUUGCUAGCCGAAGUCUAUGCCCCUUCGUCUGUGAUUGGUCAACAGUAGGGAGUCUUCAAUGAAGUGUGUUGUCAUUCAAUGACAGACUACUAGUUCAUGGACAUUUUUUCACUUGAGAUAUACUGUACCAAUCAUCUUGGAUGAAAAGUUGCGCAACUAAGACUUCUGGAAACUCAAAUGUGUAAUUGAUUUAUCUUAGAUUCAUUCUGACUAAUUUGAAGAGUGUACUGGCUAUGGCGUCUUAAGAGGGACAAAGAGUAAUAUUGCUGCCUUAUUCUCGUUUUUCAAAUGAAUGUAUUCUAACGGAAUAUGCGAGCGCAGCCGUUCACUUCGCCUAGCCGAGUUCUGCUUGGAGCAAACCCAACCUAUGUAUGAGAACGCCUUAACUGGGCGCUGUUCCAAUGAGUUAGCCAGCUAACUGCCCAAAAUGUAUAAGAAAAUUCAUUUUUGCUAAAUGUAGACUUAAAAUGGAUACAGUAUACUUGACUCGACAACUUAUACUGAAGACAAAAUUAUAAAUGCAAUGUGUAAAGUGUUGGUCCCAUGUUUCAUGAGCUGAAAUAAAAGAUCCCAAAAAUGUUC